AUUCCCUGACAGCUCUGGGGACCCAGCCCUCAAUCUCUAUGGACUCUACACAAGGAGAGCAGACCCGGCUGGUGUGCAGAUCAGAGGGGUGGAGCCCGGAACCUGAAGUGAUCUGGAGAGACAGGGAUGGCAACAAUGUGACAUCACUGUCCAGCCCAACAGUGCAGAGGGACAGUCAGGGGCUCCUCAGUGUCAGCAGCGACAUCAAAAUCAAACAGCAGUCCAACGUGUUCUCCUGUCUGGUUAGAAGUAAAACACCCAAACCAGACUGGGAAUCCAAACUCCACAUAUCCAGUGAUUUUUUCCCAGGAGUCUCUGGAUGGAUGGUGGCUUUCUUCUUGACUUUAGCUCUCAGUAUUGGAGCCAUUCCUGUGCUGGUGUUCCAAUGGAGAAGAAUGGAUGCCAUGGAGAGAAAGCUUGAGCCUAAGGCUGCUCAGCGCCUUCGUAAGGAACUUGAGUCUGUGAAGCGAGAGGUCCUUAAAUCAGAAUGGAAGUGGAUCCUCCGCUCAGCAGUUGACAGUUUGACUCUGGACCUCGAUACAGCACACCCCCAGCUCACCCUGCCUGUGGAUGAGAAACAUGUGAGAAGGAUAAGGCAGGAUCAUAACAAUCCCCAGAGAUUUGAUUACAGGCCCUGUGUGCAGGGCAGGGAGGGCUUCACCUCAGGGAGACACUACUGGGAGCUGGGGGUGGGAGAGAAUACAUUCUGGAGAUUAGGAGUCAGCAGAGAGUCUGCCCCGAAGAAGGGGAAGUUCAGCAUAUCCCCCCAGCAGGGUUACUGGACUGUGGGGUGGGAUGGAGAUGAAGAUAAAGAUGAGUUCAUUGCUCUCACUGACCCCCAGACCCCCCUCCCCCGGAGCCUGAAGCCCCAGAAGCUGGGGGUGUAUCUGGAUUAUGAGGAAGGGCAGCUCUCCUUUUACAAUGUGGAGACCAGAUCUCACAUCUACACUUUCACUGACAUGAAGUUCAAUCCCAAUGAGAAACUCUAUCCAUUCUUCUGGACGUUGGAAUACAAAGACCUUGCACUGGUGUCCCCGGGGAAGAUGAAUGACAGCUUUUUCUUUCUUCUUGUCUGGAAAUGGAUUCUUGCUGCAUCAGUUGAUGUGACUCUGGACCCUGAUACAGCACACCCCCAGCUCAUCCUGUCUGCGGAGGGGAAACGAGUGAGACGGGGAGAGACACGGCAGGAUCUCCCUGACACUCCAGAGAGAUUUGAUGACUGGCCCUGUGUGCUGGGCAGGGAGAGCUUCACCUCGGAGAGACACUACUGGCAGGUGCAGGUGGGGGGGAAUACAGACUGGAUAUUAGGAGUCAGCAGAGAGUCUGCCAAGAGGAAGGGGUGGUUCAGCAUGACCCCCCAGCAGGGUUACUGGACUGUGAAGUGGUGGAGUGGAGGUAGGUUCACUGCUCUCACUGACCCCCGGACCCCCCUCCCCCGGAGCCUGAAGCCCAAGAAGCUGGGGGUGUAUCUGGAUUAUGAGGAAGGGCAGCUCUCCUUUUACAAUGUGGAGACCAGAUCUCACAUCUACACUUUCACUGACAUGGAGUUCAAUCCCAAUGAGAAACUCUAUCCAUUCUUCUGUACUGGGGACUGGAAUACAGACCUUGUGCUGGAGUCCCCUGACCCUGACCCUGUCAGCGCUGCAGAUUAAACACACAUUGC